GUGGUGCUGUUCUGCUGAAAGUCCUCAGUAGCUUCGCAUUUUGAUAAAAACCAAACUGUUGGGAAUAGUAUAUUUGGUCCUUGAUAAUCAGAAUCCUUUCCUGCCUCUGUCACCACUUGCAACACACCUCUCAAUCUUUUGGUUCUAAGGAAACAUUUGCAGUUCCUUAAGCAGGUAACAGACCUUACUUCUUUCUUGCCUGUACCUUUUUUCAUGCUUUUCUCUCUGUAAGGACAUUUUUGUGUGUUCUUCACCAGCAUCAGAGUUUGGAGGUAUUGCUUUAUUGUCUUCUUGCUUUCAGUAUUAUUGAAAAGUCCAACGGUGUAGCACAGUUACAGUGUUUUAACUAUCUGAAAGCGCGAAAGUGAGAGAGCUCACACUGCGCCUCUAAUUUUUCGGCUUCUGUUCCUUUGUCCGGGUGAAGCUGGGCCUGCAAGGCCAAUCAGCGGGGUGGCAGAUCGGGGACUAGCCAAUCAUCCCGCAGAUGCCCUAGUCCCCGCCUUCGGCGGUCAGCUGCAUGCCCUUGGGUGCCCAGGCGGGGCGACACGCCCUUCCCUCGGUAACUGCUGGGCAGCGGGUAAAGUGUGCGGCUGCGGCCUCCUCUGCACGGCUUGGGCUCAGAACCAGGGGAUAUAAGACAGUACUCACUGAAGUGUUAGUUCUGAAGCUCUGAGAUGAAUAAAGUAAAAUCUCUCACAAUCUAGAAGGGAAGACAAAAAAACAUAAUUUGGAUACGUUAUAAGAGCCAUGACUGCCAAAGAUUAUCCAUCAUUGUGGGGCUUUGGAACAACAAAAACAUUUAAAAUUCCUGUUGAACACUUGGAUUUCAAGUAUAUUGAAAAAUGUUCAGAUGUUAAACACUUGGAAAAAAUUCUUUGUGUGCUCAGGUCUGGUGAGGAAGGAUAUUAUCCUGAACUUACAGAAUUCUGUGAAAAGCGCCUCACAGGCUUGGCUCCAGAAAGCAGAGCUUUGAGGAAAGAUAAACCAGCAGCAACAUCAUCCAGUUUUACUGCAGAAGAAUGGGAAAAAAUUGACGGUGAUAUAAAGAGUUGGGUAUCAGAAAUUAAAAAAGAAGAUGAUAAAAUACACUUUCAUGAAACUGAAACAUUUCCAGCCAUGGAAGAUAAUUUGCCUCCAGUUCGUGGUUCAAAUAGCCAUCUUCACGUUGCCAAGGAAAAAAAUUCUAAAAGUAGACCAGCUAAAAAGAAAAUUCCGAGGGAUUAUGCAGAGUGGGAUAAAUUUGACGUGGAAAAGGAAUGUUCAAAAAUUGAUGAAGAUUACAAAGAAAAAACUGUAGUAAACAACAAGGCACAUUUAUCUAAAAUUGAGACAAGACUAGACACAGCAGGUCUAACUGAGAAGGAAAAGGAUUUUCUUGCUACUCGUGAAAAGGAAAAAGGAAAUGAAGCUUUUAACUCAGGAGAUUAUGAAGAGGCUGUGAUGUAUUAUACUCGGAGCAUCUCGGUGCUUCCCAGUGUAGCGGCCUAUAACAAUCGUGCUCAAGCAGAACUCAAACUGCAAAGCUGGAACAGUGCUUUCCGGGACUGUGAGAAGGUCUUGGAGUUAGAACCUGGAAACAUAAAGGCUCUCCUGCGCCGUGCAACUACAUAUAAACAUCAAAACAAGCUCCAGGAAGCUAUAGAAGAUUUGAAUAAAGUACUGGAUGUUGAACCUCAUAACGAGUUGGCCAAAAAAACCUUGUCAGAGGUUGAAAGAGAUCUGAAAAAUUCUGAACCUGCAUCUAAGACUCAAGUCAAGGGGAAAAGGAUGGUUAUUCAGGAAGUAGAAAACUCAGAAGAUGAGGGUGGAAAGGACCAUGGAAGAAAACAUGAAGAUGGCAGUGGAGAUAAGAAGGCCGCGGAGCCGGCGGGAGCCGUGCACGCCGCCGAGCCGAGCGCCAUGGGCAACAUCCAGAAGAAGCUGACCGGCAAGAGCCAGGGCGGCAAGCGGCCGGAGAAGGGCGCGCCGCGGCGGGGACGGGCGCCGGGGGCCGGUGCGGACAAGCGGGGCGGACCUCGGGCCCCGGCGACGGCGGGCAGCGUGCGGGGCGCCGAGGACCCCGCGUCCCCCGCGCUCCCCGGGCCCGGAGCGCCGCCGCCCGCCCCCGCAGCCCCCGCCGCCCCGGUGGGCCCCGCCGGCCUGAAGAGCCAGGGCAAUGAGCUCUUCAAAACCGGGCAGUUCGCCGAGGCGGCCCUCAAGUACUCGGCGGCGAUCGCGCAGCUGGAGCCUGCAGGAAGUGGAAAUGCAGAGGAUCUAAGUAUCUUAUAUUCUAACAGAGCAGCGUGUUACAUAAAAGACGGAAACUGCAGUGGCUGCAUUCAAGAUUGUAACAGGGCUCUGGAACUUCAUCCGUUCUCAGUCAAGCCUCUUCUUCGACGAGCAAUGGCCUAUGAAACUUUAGAGCAGUAUCAGAAAGCUUAUGUGGAUUACAAAACAGUGUUGCAGAUAGACUGCGGGAUCCAGAUAGCAAAUGACAGUAUUAACAGAAUCACAAGAAUUUUAAUGGCUCUGGAUGGACCGAGCUGGCGGGAGAAGCUGUCACCCAUUCCCGCUGUGCCCACUUCCGCACAGUUGCGAGCUUGGCAACCUGCAGCAGAGGCGGCCCCAGAGCAAGUGGGAGACUCCUGCAGCCAUCAGCAACCUGGUGCCACAGAUGAAAAAAUGUUUAAAACCCUUAAAGAAGAAGGAAAUCAGUAUGUAAAGGACAAAAACUAUAAAGAUGCCCUUAGUAAAUACAGUGAAUGCUUAAAGAUUAACAACAAGGAAUGUGCCAUUUACACUAACAGAGCUCUCUGUUACUUGAAGCUGUGCCAGUUUGAAGAGGCAAAGCAGGACUGUGAUCAGGCUCUUCAGAUAGAUAACAGGAAUGUGAAAGCAUGCUAUCGACGAGCCCUUGCUCAUAAGGGACUCAAGAAUUAUCAGAAAAGUUUAAACGACCUCAAUAAAGUUCUCCUGCUAGACCCAGGUGUUGUCGAGGCAAAGAUGGAACUGGAAGAGGUAACCAGAAUCCUUAAUACUGAGGAUGGUGCAGCAUCAUUCAACAAAGAAAAGGAGAGAAGGAAAAUUGAGAUUCAAGAGGUGAAUGGAGGCCAUAAAGAGCCUGAAAGGACCUCGGAGGAGGUCUCCACCCACUGCCUUGCUUUUGAGAAGGGGGACACGAGCAACGGGCCACGAGAAUUCCACGAGCAGCUGCCGAUCGCCAAGCCCAACAACGCCUACGAGUUUGGUCAGCUCAUCAGCGCCCUCAGCGCUCGGAAAGACGGAGAGGCCUGUGCACACCUUUUAGCCAUCACGGAACCGAAAGACUUGCCAGUGUUGUUGAGUAACAAGCUGGAGGGGGAUACGUUCCUCCUCCUCAUUCAGUCUCUGAAAAAUAAUCUUAUUGAUAAAGAUCCCUCUUUGGUGUAUCAGCAUCUUUUGUAUCUGAGUAAAGCAGAAAGGUUUAAGAUGAUGUUGACAUUGAUUAGCAUGGGCCAAAAAGAGCAAAUUAAACAGCUCUUUGAUGACCUCUCAGACACACCAAGCCCACGUUUUACCUUAGAAGAUGUACAGGCCCUCAGAAGGCAGUAUGAGCUUUAAAUCGAGAUUAUUCUUAAAUUUCUUCCAUGCAUGUAUGUGUUCCAGUAAUGCUAAUGAGAUGGUAUUGUAAUAGAGCUGCACGGAUAAAACCUGGCUUAGAAAAGAUCCCUUGGUCUGGACUAUAAAUAUUUGACUUAUUUUUAUACAUAGAACACGUAUAUUCUACAAUAUGUGCUUUUUAUCAGUUGUAAAUAUUUUCUUAUGUACCAGAGCUAACAUCUAUAUAUUUAAUAAUAAGUAUAUUUGGAACUUGUUAAAUGCAUUUUAAUUUAUAUUACACAUUUUCUUUUAAUUUGUUAAAAAUUUGAGUUAAAUUACAUUUCUCCGGGCUAUGAAAGAGUCCUCUUAAGUUUGAUAAAACUUCCUUUAAAAUUCAUUUUUAAAAGUGAAAAUCAUUAACAGUGAUGCUCACAUCACCUUUGUCUCCUGCUAAGAUACGUAUAUAAAUCCCAUUGUAUACUACUUGCGGAUUACCGCCCACUAAGAUGAAGUGCAACACCUAAGUCUGCAAUAUGAAAUGAUUGUUAAAUUGUGAUUAUUAAUUUACAGCUAUAAGAACCUAUUUUUUCUAGUACAGAAGCAUUGCCUAAUAACUAAGAACAAAAAUUGCCAAAAGUUCUACCACUUUUUACUAGAUUUUUAAAAGCUAGUACCCCUCAUAUACCACUUAUAUAAGCAAUAACAAAACGCCACCAUAUAAAAGCAGCUAAGCCUGUGUUUCUGUUUGAAUUGUCACUCCCACAUUUCCCCCACACAUUUAAAAUAUCUUCUUCCUCUUUUGUUUUCCCUCCGUUAAGCAUGAUCAUAUUUAUUCCCUUGGAAUAAAAGGGAAAGUGAAGACCUCUUAAUUAUAUUGAGAGCUCCCUUGUUAACUGGGCCAAAGUAAAGGUGUUUCUUACAAUAAACCGGUCAGGUGUC